AUGCCAGACAUAAUAGCAACCAUACCUGCAAUAGAUGCCCCGGAUCUCAGCGAGUCCCGCCAGCGCAUAAUAGCACCGCACCUCCCACUCACCAAGCGCAUCAAGUACUCUAUCCUUGCUUUCCUCUGGUACAGGAUCCUCCUGAAGGGCAUGCUCUACUACGGCGAAGCCAAAAAAUACUUUGUUUCCCCAGGCGAGAAGGAGCCUGACCUGGUCAAGACCUACCCAGUGCGGAAGUCAUUAACGAUCCGCAUCUUCUUCCCACCCUCUUACAACCCCACCAACACCACCACCACCACCUCCUCCCCCAAACUCCCCACCCUCCUCACCAUCCACGGCGGCGGCUUCACCGUCGGCGAGCCCCACGACAACGACACCUGGAACCGAUCCUUCUCGCAACGGCACCGCUUCCUCGUCAUCGCCCUCGACUACACCAAAGCCCCCACCGGCCCCUUCCCCACCGCCAUCCACGACCUCGAAGCGCUGAUCGGCUGCAUCCUCUCGGACGGCACCCUCCCCAUCGACACCGCACGCGUCGCCAUGGCCGGCUGGUCCGCGGGCGGCAGCCUGGCCCUCUCCGUGGCCCAGCUGCCCGCGGUGCGCGACCGCGUCCGCGCGCUCGUGCCCAUGUACCCGGUGGUGGAGCACGCGCCGACGAGGGGGGGUGGUGUGGCCAAGGCGUCGAGGCGGCGGUAUAAACCGGCGCUGGGCGGGUUUCGCGCGCGGGAGUGCGAUUUUGUGCUGCCGAUGAUGAGCCUGUUUAAUUGGGCGUAUUUGGAGCCCGGCCGGGUGUGUGAUGAGCCGUUGUUGAGUCCGUUUUUUGCGCGGCCGGAGGAUUUGCCGAGGUGUAUCUUCUUUGUGGCGUGUGAGAUGGAUAUGUUGGCGCAUGAGGCGUGGCGGAUGGCGUGCAAGUUUGCGGGGAGGAGGGUGCCGGGGUAUGGGGAGAAGGUUGGGUGCGAGGAGGUGGUGGGGAAGGGGAGGUUGAUCACGGAGGGGGAUGAGAGGUUUGCGUUUGAGGAGACGAUGGCAGACGGGUCGCGGUAUCGGUGGCUGCUUGUGCCGGACAUGAUCCACGGGUUCGACCAGGAUAAUAUCGAGGGGCUGACUGGUGAUCCGGUUUUUAUGGAAGACGCGAGGAUUAAGACGGCUAAGAUCAUUGACCUCGUAGGGGAGUGGUUGCUGAGCGGGCCGUUGAAGGCGGACCCUUGA